CAGAUUCCCUUCCUUCUCAACCACGCGCGCAAAAACCCUACUAAGCCCUAGCUGUUCGCUUCCCUCUUCACCGCCGUUGGCUAGCUAUCUGCUUCUCCACGUGCCAUUACAAUAUUUCAAUACUCAUUCACACCACCUUGAAUUGCAUCACAGUCGCAGCGCUGCCUUCAGUUAUUGGUAUCCUACAUAAAAUACGGUGUGUAGAAUAUCAGAAGCUGGAAAAUGACUGAAGAGAAAGAAGAAGUGAGUACGUUUAAGAAAUUGGGGAUAUGUGAACAAUUAGUCGAAGCAUGUGACAAUUUGGGAUGGAAAAACCCUACAAAGAUACAGAUUGAAGCAAUUCCUCAUGCCCUCGAAGGGAAAGACUUGAUUGGUCUUGCGCAAACGGGUUCUGGUAAAACAGGAGCUUUUGCUCUUCCCAUAUUGCAAUCUCUUCUUGAAGCUUCGGAGAAAUCUGUGCAAGCUUUCUUUGCUUGCGUGCUUUCUCCUACAAGGGAGUUGGCAAUACAGAUAGCAGAGCAGUUUGAAGCUUUAGGAUCCGGCAUUGGUGUGAAAUGUGUUGUGCUUGUGGGAGGGGUAGAUAUGGUGCAGCAGGCUAUUGCCCUUGGAAAGCGACCACACAUUGUUGUUGGGACCCCUGGACGCCUUAUGGAUCAUUUGUCAAACACGAAGGGGUUUUCUCUCCGCACAUUGAAAUACUUGGUCUUAGAUGAGGCUGACAGGUUGCUGAAUGAUGAUUUCGAGAAAUCCCUUGAUGAAAUCUUAGCAAUUAUCCCACGAGAACGGAAAACAUAUUUAUUUUCUGCAACGAUGACAAAAAAGGUGCGCAAGCUCCAAAGGGCUUGUCUAAGGAAUCCAGUGAAGAUAGAAGCAGCUUCUAAAUAUUCUACAGUUGACACAUUGAAGCAGCAAUAUCGAUUUAUCCCUUCUAAGCACAAGGAUUGCUAUCUUGUAUAUAUCCUGACUGAGAUGUCUGGGAGUACAUCCAUGGUUUUCACUCGAACGUGUGAUUCAACUAUGUUUUUGGCCUCGGUCCUUCGAAAUCUUGGUCUAAGGGCCAUCCCAAUCAAUGGUCAGAUGACUCAGGCAAAGAGAUUGGGAGCCUUAAAUAAGUUCAAAGCUGGAGAGUGCAAUAUUCUCAUAGCCACUGAUGUGGCAAGUAGAGGACUUGAUAUUCCAGCUGUGGAUAUGGUUAUAAAUUAUGAUAUCCCUUCAAAUUCAAAGGAUUAUAUUCAUCGAGUUGGAAGAACUGCUCGUGCAGGACGUUCUGGGAUUGCAAUAUCGCUUGUGAGUCAAUAUGAAGUCGAGUGGUAUAUACAUAUAGAGCACCUUAUUGGUAAAAAGUUAGUUGAGUUUCCUGCUCAAGAAGAGGAAGUCUUGCUUUUAAUGGAGCGUGUCAUGGAAGCCAAAAGAAUUGCUAAUUCGACACGAAAAGAAACUGGUGGCCGGAAGAGGAAGGGCAGAGAAGAUGGUGAGGAUGAAAUUGAAAAAUACCUACGCGUCAAGGACAAGAAGUUCAAUAGGUUGAAGAAGAGAUGACAUUGACGACACUCUCUUACAGUUUUUGUACUUCAUUAAUGUAAUAUAACAUUCAAUCGUUCGUUAUAGCAUGCCGAAGCAUCCAAAAUGAACGUUUCUCUCUGCAUUUUGUUGAUAUUUGGAGGAAGACUGGGGUCUGUUUGUUCCGUCCAUUUCAUGGUCCAUGGAAUUCUGAGCCAAUCCUAAAAUGGCCAAUUCAUUUUUUGUUUUAUUUUUGAGAAGAAAUUCUUCAUGUUUGAAUGGUCCAAAAUUAGGAUUAUGAAUUUUGAAAAUGGUUGCUUAUAUAUGUUCAUUCUUUGUACAUCAACGGCUAUUGUCACUUAUUUUUAUUUUUCCCUUGUGAAAAAAAAAAAAAAUUAUAUCCUUGUUUGUUUA